AACUACUCUGCCACCUCACCACCUCAUCCAUUGAGCUCUUCCCAUAUACCCGGGCAUUCGCCCCCAAUAAUACGUUUUUCUUUCUUUGGUAUUGAUCGUGAGCUGGUCGCCCGUCGACCUUGCACUUGCCCACAAUGCCACCCCGGAUACAAUCGCAGCGUGUCUCUAAUUCCCUUCUCCCAUACCUUUCCUCUCCUUCAGCCUCCUCUACCACGAGAAUCCCCCUCUCGUCCCCAUCAUGCUCUCCUUCGCCUUCCUCUUCCCGUUCAUUCUCCUCAACACAGCACACACAAACGCAACGGCGAAGAGAAAUGAUCUCGUGGCUCCAAGGCGAAGGAGCCGCACUUAAAAACCACACCCCCGGCCAGCCCAACUACCUCUCCACCAUUGUUUCGCGCGGGCGGGGCUCACAAGCUGUGGUUUCCCGGCGGCCGUUCCCCCUGAACCAAGCUUUCGUCAGCGAGAGCAUCCUGAGUGAAGAAUUGCGAAAUGAAAUCUACCAGCAGGUGGUGGUGAAGAAGAAGAGCAUUCGCGCUGUCAGUGCGGAAAUGGGCGUUGAUAUGAGGAGAGUAGCGGCUGUGUGUCGAUUAGUUGAACUUGAGAGCCGGUGGCGUCAACAGGGGAAACCAUUGGCACUGCCAUAUGCGCGCUCAGUCCAUGAAAUGAUCCCAACAACUCCAUUGUACGAAGAUGCUCGUUCCCGACGCGAGAAACCUCACGAGUCAAUUAACGACCUCCCCGCCCACCGCCUUACCGAUGCACAGAUAUUCUACCCCGUAUCUGAAUCCCGCCACUUCACCCGUUCUGAUGCUGGCCGCGUAUUCUCUGCUGCCCCAGCUCGUCUGCACAGCGUUGUUGCUAAGGAGGUAGCCAACCCGGAGGAGACCGUGAGCCACAUCACACAAAACCCAUCGAAAAUCGAAACCGUUGGCAAGGGUGCCGACGAGCAGCCCGUCCUCCAGGCUGCGGACGCGCGUAUUCCGCACCCAUACCUCGUCGCCUACGAGCGUGACCGCGCAGCUCGGCCAGAGGAACGCAAUGAGGUUUUCAAGGCUCAUGCUAGGCGCCUUGAGAAGGAAGAGGCUGCCGAGAAGGAACGCAAGCGUAUCGCCGAGGAGCAUCGUGAGCGCAACCUAUCCCACGUCAAGCCCGAAUCCUCCCGCUUCGAGUUCCGCAUCAAGGAUGUCGCUGUGAGCAGGGAGACCACUGGCACCGAUGGCCGUGGCCAUAAAGCUCCUGGCCGGAGGUACGGUGUGCCCAGCUACGAGCGGAAGAAGGGCCAGGUCAAGAUCCCCACACGCGUGGUGGUCUAAGCCGAAGCUUGGCCAUGCUGCGGGUGCUUUAUGUGAUUCACAUGUACUACUACUACUAUUAUACUCCUGUAUUUCUUCCUAUACUUUGUACAAAUAUUCGCUUAGGACUGAAUAUAUCCUAAUUCGAUCGGCCCUUGUUUUGUUUAUGUCUGAUGGGAAUGUCCGUAGUUACACCAGGUUGGAGGACUUGGAAGGGGCGACUGCAGGUCCAUCAUGAGGUAUGUACCUGCCCUUUUGGGACAUUGAGAAGCUGGUCGUCCCUUCUUCUUGCGUCAUCGUGGACUUACCAGGAGAUAUCUCCGUCCGCACAUCCAUUCCUGAGGAAUAAAAUUCCCACCCACAACAAUG